AUGCCUCCUCGAAAGAGAUCAACAGACGAAUUGGAUUCUGAUAGGAAACCAGAUACGACAACCGCGACCACCAAAAGACGACGGGUAUCCCUGGCCUGUGAUGGUUGCAGAACAGCUCGGGAGAAAUGCGACGGUGGCCGCCCACAUUGCGGCCGCUGCGCGUCUCAAAAUCGCCCCUGCUCAUAUACACCAGCAUCCAAGAAGAGAGGAAUCCAAAGCGGGUAUCUAAGAGCCAUUGAGUUAUCGCUAGCAUGGCUACUGGAGAGUAACCCUGACUGCGAGAAAGCUCUUUAUCAACUACUGGUCAAGGACGAUGGCAAGGAUGGCGCGAACAUUCUUAUGAGCAAAAGCAAAGUUGCAAACAAGUUGCAUAGGCAAUGGAGUAAGUGCCGGGUUCAUAAAGAGAUCGAAUCAUUGCUUUGCCAAAGCGGUACGCAAAGAGUGGAAGCGUCUAAUACCGAGAACUCGGACACGGAGGGCGACGUUGGAGAAGAGUCAAUCAGCAUAACGAGACUGCCGUUGGCAACAUCACAUCCGGAAGACGCACCAAAGUUUGACCAAGCUUACUCGUUGAAAGAGCCCAACUCAGUGAGAGAUCGAGCUUUGAAGCUCCCCUCGAAUCAUCAACACCUCCUCGAGAUUUACUUUGCAUAUACCCACUGCUGGCUCCCUAUACUCGACAGAGAGCAAGUCUUUGCAACGGCGGCGAUAUGCAAUUCCCAAGGCCAGAGUGUAUCUGGAUAUGUAGGGGAGAAUAACAUUGCUCCCUCUAGCCUUGCUGUUCUCUGGUCUGCCAUGGCCGUCGCAGCUUUCCAAGAUGCACAUUCUUCCGCUCCUCCUAUAAGCGAGGAGAUUAUAUCGCCAGCCGAGAUUUUCACAGUGGCUCGCAGCUGGAUUCCGCAAGAGGAGGAUCAUUUCAUUAUUUCCGACAUCCAAGCAAUUCUCCUCCACUCAAUUAUUCUUAUCGGCCGUGAGAGCAUGCUGGCUGCAUCCUUGAUUGCAGGAAAAGCAAUGCGUCUUAUUUCUUAUAUGCGAUCCGGCAGAGUAUAUCAAACGCACAAUGAAGUGCAAAGAUCAACGCUGGCGAAGUUGGGCGCCGCUUGUAAUCUUGUCGAGACUCUGACAUCGAUGUGCAUUGGACAGCCAUCCCAUUUGUUGGACACAGAAGAUCUUCAUACGGCAGAACUAUCUCGGCAUGGAUCGAGCUUUAGUGAUUCUUUCUGUCCGACUUACGGCUUCGGAAAGCUCUCAUUGAAUGUUGAAUCUGCCCGUCCCCAAAUCACACACUCCCUCACCACACUGGACCAGCUGAAUCGAUUCGCUCGGAUAUUAAGUACACACGCGGCCGGAAAGAUUCAUCAGAACGGUUCUGUCAAAGCUGUUGCUGUCGGAGACCUCGUGUCAUCAUUGAAUUCACAAUUCAGCUUUUGUAACUCGGUCAUUGCCGGAGAGGCAACGCCAAUGUUACCAUCGGCUUUCCUUGCUCAGGCCAUGUUCUUGGCCACGACGGUUGAGCUUGUUCCGGGCCAGCGAUCGUCGCUUAUAUCCAACUUCUUGGAAGUUGUCGAGUCUAGCAUAACGAAUUUCGGGGCUUGCGGCACCCCGCCCAUCACAGUUGCUCUCUUUUUACUUGUUCAACAAAAGGGAAUAAUGGAUGAAAUGCGGACAUCUGAAGCAAAGAGGUGGAAUUCGGCAUUAAACACAAUCAAGGCAGUGUGGUCGCAGCAAGAAAUAACUAAAAGUACUAUAUGCAUUUCGCCCAAGACAUUGGCGACAAAUAACUCCUGGGGGGGAAUCGUCGGAUUGGAGCCAUUGGGUCGGAACAAGUCGACUGGUCAAGGUAGAGAUGAUUACCAGGAUUCUCCAACGGGAUCAUUUAACCAGGGAUAUGGAUUGAUCCCAGCGGAUGUACACAUGCCCACCGGCUCUCAGGUGUUUACGGCAACCCAGCAUAAAUAUUCUCCCGCGCAGCUCCCGCCGGAUCUUGGCAUGAUGUUUGUACCAUCUUCCGUCGGCCCAAUACAGCCAGUUGGCCGAAUUCUACAAGCGGGGGAAUCUCAUACCGAUUCAGUCGACUACGAUGCCAUUCUAGAGGAGCUGGGUAACAUUGACUAUGCUGACAGCAUCGACGUGGACCCCCAGUUCAUGAUGAAUCUCGGCUUCGCUCCAGGCUGUACAUUGGAAGAGAUGUUUCAUGCGGACUCUGGCGUCUAA